GCCGUCUUCCUUUCGCUCUCCUUUCAUUUUCUUUGUCGUUAUGUCGAUGGAUGGCUUCAGCUCCUACUCCCGUUCACAGCUCCCUCCUCUUCGGAUCCCUUAAUUCCGCCAGCCGCCACGAAUUUGUGGAUUUAUGCGAUGGCUGAUACACAAUCAGUUGCUACACUUAUUGAUUUUGCAACUUCAAAGAUACAACAAUUGCAACAGGCAUUUUCCGAACUUGAGAGUCGUAGUGCCAUAUCCUUGAAUUUGAAAUGGAAAGAACUUGAAGAACAUUUUCAUGGACUUGAGAAGUCUCUUAAAAAAAGGUUUGACAGAUUGGAAGAUCAGGAAAAGGAAUAUGUUAUAAAGGUUACAGAAGCCCAGGAGAUGCUGGAGAAGCGGGAGGCUGAUGUUGUGGCUAAGGAGCUUGCAUCCUUGGAACGAUUGCAGGAGAAAAGAGAUGCAGCUCUAUCUUCUUUGUUUGAUAAAUAUAAAACCUCUUCCCCAGAACCAAUCUGUGAGGGUGUCAGCAAUGGCAUGGCUGAUCCUGUUAUAAAAGAAAACUUUGAUGUUGCAGCUGCCAAAUCUGGCUCAGAAGAUAUAUAUACUAUGGAAAAUGCAAAUGCUUACACUGAGCCUUCUUCAAGACUGAUGAAACUGUGUGAAGAAAUGGAUGCAGAAGGGCUUCACAAGUUUAUUUCAGAUAAUCGUAAGAACUUGAGCUCUAUACGUGAGGAAGUUCCGGUAGCAUUAAGAAGUGCAGUCAAUCCUUUCAUAUUAGUAUUAGAUUCCUUGAAGGGCUUCUAUGCUGGAGAAAUUCUAGGAUCAAAUGGCAAAAAAGAUGGGAACCUUUUGGGCCUGCGAAGGACUUGUCUCAUGUUAAUGGAAUCUCUUGAACAACUUUUGGCAGAUUCCCUUUCUGAUGAACAGAUACUUACUUCAGAUAUUAAAGAAAAAGCAAAGGUGAUAGCUAAAGAAUGGAAGCCAAAAUUAGAUCAUCUUGACAUUGAAGCUAGCAGUGGAAACUCAUUGGAAUCACAUGCAUUUCUUCAGCUUUUGGCUACUUUUGAUAUUGCUUCAGAGUUUGAUCAAGAUGAAAUCUGCACACUUAUUCCAGCUGUUACACGGCGCCGUCAAACUGUUGACUUGUGUCGUUCACUCGGCCUGUCACAUAAAAUGCCAGGUUUGAUCAAUGUUCUACUUGAUAGUGGGAGGGAAAUUGAGGCCAUUAAUCUCGCAUAUGCAUUCAAACUAACAGAACAAUUUGCACCAGUGCCAUUACUUAAAUCAUAUUUGAAGGAGGCAAAAAAGGUGUCACAAGGCAAAGCUGGAAGCAUGUCUCCUGGUGCACAGAAUGAAAUAAAUGAACGUGAACUAUCUGCCCUUAAAGCUGUCAUCAAGUGCAUCGAGGAACACAAACUUGAGGAGCAAUACCCUGUCGAUCCACUUCAGAAGCGUAUCCUCCAGCUAGAAAAAGCGAAGGCUGACAAGAGGAGGGCUGCUGAAGCUGCAAAGCCACAAUCCAAGAGACCCCGAGCCACUGGCAGCGUUUACACUCCUCGAAUUACCAGCAUGCCUGACAAAAGCUUCUACCGUGCCCCGCCUGAGAGAUUCGCGUACCCGUACGAUAGGCAGUAUGUCUACCCAGCUGAAGCUCACCAUCCUACACUGAUGGGUUCUGCUCCAUACACCAUCUCCCCUCCACACACCACGUACUAUGGAAAUGGCUACCAGGUCCAGUACCAGACUGCCUACCUGCACUAAUGGAGAAGGCUAGUGAUCAUGAUCUCCUCUUAACUACUAGCUUUUUAACCCAUCGGGGUACUUCCAAUAUGUUAAUUAACUAAAUCUGCAUAACCAAAAGAUUAGCCUGUUAAUCGUGCUAAGUGGUUGCCCAUCUUCUAGUGGUGGAAGCUUAUGUGUUGUUUAUCCUUUUUGACUGAAUGACACAAACUCUUCUAAUGCCCAGUUUGAUCCUAUGUUCAAGUUCUUAAAACAAUUUUGUCUUCUA